AUGGCACUUCUCCUGGGCCUUCUCUGCACCUUGUGCCUGGUUGGGCAAGUUCUUGGCCAGGACAUAACUCAUGAGGAAUAUUUGGCCCAGAUCCAAGCCUGCCCUCAGGAAUGUAGCUGUGCCCCCAACUUCCCUCGUGCUGUCUACUGUGACAAUAAGGGCCUGAAGAGUAUUCCCCAAAUUCCUCCACACACAUGGUAUCUUUACCUGCAGAACAAUUUAAUCGAAGUGCUGUCAGCAGAUGCCCUUCGUAACGCCACACAGCUGCGCUGGCUGAACCUGAACCGCAACAAAAUCACUAGUGAAGGAGUGGAAGAAGGUGUCCUAAGUACAAAGCCUAACCUGGCGCACCUCUACAUGGAUGACAACCUCUUGUCCUCUGUGCCAUCUGCCCUUCCAGCCAGCCUGGAGUCUCUACGUCUGUCCCGCAAUCGCAUCUCCAAGAUCCCUCCUGGUGUCUUCAUUGGUCUGGAUAAACUUAACCUCUUGGACCUCCAGGCGAACAAGCUGAUGGAUGAUGCUGUGACCGAGGUGAGCCUGAAAGGUCUAAACAACUUGGUACAGAUCAACCUGGCCAAGAACCAGCUGAAUAGCAUGCCUAUUGGCUUACCUCCCACCACUACCCAGCUUUUCCUUGAUGGCAACAACAUUGAGAAGAUCCCCGCUGGCUACUUCAAAGGUUUACCAAAAGUGGCCUUUCUGAGGCUCAACUACAACAAGCUUGGCAGCAGUGGAGUUCCCAGAGAUGUGUUUAAUGUCUCCAGCAUUUUGGAUUUGCAGCUUUCCCACAACCAGCUGACUGAGGUUCCCCUCAUUCCCGCUGGCCUUGAACACCUUCACCUCGACCACAACAAUAUAAAAAGUGUAAGUGGCGCAAACAUCUGUCCUGUCGCCAUUGAGACUAUGGAAGACUCCGCCAACGAAAGUGUUCCUCGUCUGCGCUACCUCAGACUGGACGGCAAUGAUAUUAAGCCACCAAUUCCCAGAGAUGUCAUUCUGUGCUUCCGUCUCCUGACGUCCAUUGUCAUCUAA